AGGCGGAGAGUUGGUUGUUUGGCGACCUACUUCCACCAAAGACAGUGCUAAACUUUGAUUAACUGUGACUGUGACCAGCGACUUGAGAUUUAACUUGCCUGCCUUACUUAUCGUGAAAAUGGUGGACUAUCAGCGUUAUGUAGUUUUAACUUUGCUUUUUAUUCUUAAUGUAACCGUGGUCUUUACCCAGACGACCACUGACUCCGUAGCAACGUGCGCCUCGAAGACCAACACGAGCUGUGGCGAGUGUCUGAAGAAUGUGACGUGUUUGUGGUGUGAGAGCAGUGGAGCGUGUGUGGAGUACCCUGUGAGGAAUAUCCUGCCUCCCAACAGCCUGUGUCCACUUCCUCAGGCUAGAUGGGGAGUCUGCUGGGUGAACUUCGAGGCCUUGAUCAUCACCAUAUCUGUGGUCGGAGGGGUCCUCCUCAUCGGUCUGUGUGUCUGUUUCUAUCGCUGCUGCUGCACAUGUGGGAACACCAAGAGAGACAAGAAUCUGGACGAGAGGAUGGAACGGCAGGCUGACAUGAGGAAAAUGAAACACGAGGAGAGGAAAGCAGAGAUGCAGAGCCGGCAUGACGACAUCAGGAAGAAGUACGGUCUGGUGAAAGACAGCGGUUACUCCAAAUUUGAGAACAACUGAGUCACCGCUGCGAUGAGCCGUCCCCGAUUCUAGAACAACCUCAGUCGUCUCCUGUGUUGUGCUGAUGGGGUUUCACUUCUAGAACUUCUGUUUUUUUUCUCUCUCUCUCUCUCUCUCUCUCUCUCUCUCUGUCUCUUUCUCUCGUCCAUUUACUUCUCCAAAGAACUUUCGUCCCGAGCCACCAUUUUACUGAAGUGGCCUGGUGUGGCCUUAUUCAGUUUCCUUCCCCUACUCCGUCUCCUCAGCCGUCUUCCUGUUCUCCAUUUUUCUUUUUUUUUAUUAUUGCAAAUGGGAGAAGCUGAUUGAGAUUGUUUGUGUUCAGUCUGUGGUUGAUUACACUGUAUGUGAUUGUAGAAAGUCUUGUCUUCCAAUGCUAGAUGUGCCAAAUUAGUGAGGUAGUUCUUUGUAGCACCUGCCCCUGUGUAGCUGGUGGUAGCUGAUGAUGAUGUCUGUUUUGUACUAGUUUAUUUUGUUCUCCAGGGGUGCUAACCCGUCAGCAACUUUGUUGGUUGGCAAUGGGGAAUUGCAUUGCAACCAACAACCAACUUAAUUAGCAACUAUAGUUUUGGGAAAUACGCCCCAGGCCAAAUAGUGUAACGCCAGUAAGCUCUUCAUUUUAAAAUGAGCUCAACCAAAUGAGGGUUUCAGUGCCAAGGAUACACACUGUGACAUUGAGAGACGCUGUUUGUCGUGAAAUGAGGUCCACUGCAGCCCAACAGAAAGUCAAGUUAUCCCCGUUACGAUUUCACCACCCUGGAGGACUAGUCUGGAGACUGGACUAGUUUGAUCAGCACUCCACUCAAACUACGAAGAUGACCACAUUUCCCACACAGGAAGUCCAUCUUUAGAGCUGUGGUGCUCUCGAGCAUGGGAAGUUUAGAGGGUUCAUAGGUCAGACUUCCUGAAUGUGGUGUCACAUGACAACGCCGGUCUUCUGGAACAGCCUUUUUAACAUGUGUUUACUCUUAACAUUUCAGGCUCAAAGCACGCUUUUGUAUAUUCUGAUUUGUGCCAGAUAAUUCUUCCCAAUGGUAUUUGCUUUAGCUGAUGUUGGCCAUAUGGUCCUACAAUUGUCAAAACUCCACAUAUAUCCAAAGAGGUUCUACAUGGUAUUUGUUUAUGUUGUUGUAUGACCGUAGUCUAUGAGUCUUAUACUGGUGCCUAAAAAUCAUAUUGUUUACUGUCUGUUGCCUUGUGAAAAACAAUCUGCUUUGCUCCUGUAGGCUCCCCUUUGAAUCAUUAGCUUUUAUUAAAGCUCAUAUAGACAUUCU